AUGACCUCCUUACCCCAGAACACCGCACCCAAGCGCACUAGGAAGCCGCUCCCCCAUCUUACCUCUGCUAUCGACCACCUCGAGUCCCGCAGCCUCCAAAUAUCCACCCUCCUACACACUAGCCCGCUCACCCGCUCCAUAAUCCCCGACAACGACUACAGCCUCCUCAAGCUCACAAGGUCUCUCACACGCAGCAUCUGCGCCACCCUCGACAUAUUUACUGGUGCACACACGCGCUGCUGGUCCGACGCCACCUUCCGCCAAUGCGCACUGCGCUGUCUCCGCCUGCACCGUAGCUUGCAAGACCGCCAGUGUGAGAUUGGUGAGAUGUUCCAUGAGUUUAGGGAUUGGAGGUGCAGUGAUGAUGAGUUUGUGUAUGAGAGGUGGCUGGAGGAUAUUGGGGGUGUGGAGGUGAGCGCGUGGAUAGAGGCGAGGAUGGUGGAGAUUUUGUUGAUUGGCUUUUUGGCGGAGAUGGCGGAGGAGGACCGGAGAUGGCUGGAGAGAAGAUUUGGUGGGGUGGAUGAGGUGGUGAUGGAGCUAUAUUGUGGUAAUGAUGGGGGAAAUAGCAGUCUGGGACCUCUGAAUGUUCCAAGAUUUGUGCCGCACACCUCCGGACUCCCACCGGGUUCGUGGUUGUGCUCGAGGUUUUGA